CCUCUGUCUGGAUUUCUAAUGUAACUUAGCAACUUGAGGGUUGGGCAAAGAACUCUGCAACACACAGAUAUGUUUUGACAACAGACAGGCUUCUACAGCAAACAUGGACAAUAAUUAAAUAAACGAAUGUACAAAGUGUUUUUAAAAUGGCAGACCCAGUGGUUGACCAAAUGACAAGGCUCAGAUUGAAAAUGUUGGAAAAGAGACUGGAGAAUGAGAGAAAUGACAACAUUGAACGAGAAGGUUCAGCGUUUUCCACAAGAAGUUAUGAUGGGCAGGCAGAUGCAUUACACAGCGCUCUGAGACGGAAGAGAAACCUCCUACAGAGACUGAGGGAACAGCAUAUGAUGGAAGAUCUGGGAAGGCCUCACACAUGGGGUGGAUCUCAUAGGCAAUAUCAUUAUCAACCUCUUCUUGGGCCACUCCAACCUGUACCUCCCAUCCACAUCCACCAAACUACACCACCUGCACCUCCACCUCCUCCUGCCCCUCAGCCCCCUCAAAUCAUUCAACACACUGUUCCUCAACAGCCAGCCACCAUUAUCCAGCAGUUACCACAGCAACAGCCUCUCAUAGCACAAAUCCCACCUCCACAAACCUUUCCCUACAGAUCAGGAAGUAUUAAAGAAGACAUGGUGGAGUUGAUGCUCAUGCAGAAUGCACAGAUGCACCAGAUCAUCAUGCACAAUAUGAUGCUGAAGGCUCUUCCAACAAUGGCCAUAUACCCAGGAGAUUUAUUUUUUUAA